UAUACCAAAAAAACAAAAAAGGAUAAAUUUAUCAGAAACAUCUACAGUUCAAUCUUUCGGAUCUCCUCCCUCGGGCUCGGAUCCUCCAAUCGUCAUUGCCGUCGUCGGUGCCUUCGCCUGUCAGAUCUCUUCAGUGCUCCCCAAGUCUCUGCUCUAUUCGAAGCUUUGCUCCCUUUUAUGGCAUUUUGACUGUCGUCAGCUUUGCAAGGUAAUUUGUAGUUGUGAAUGAUGGAUCCAAGCAAUCAUUCACCUGUUGAUGGCCUUCUAGUGGUUCAUCAAAAUGGUGUUCACGAGGAACCUUUUAACUCCGGAAAGGGCGUUCUCUCAAAUGAUAUAGACCUCGAUAUUGCUGAAAUUAUAGACACGGAUGCUUUAAAUGGGAAAUUUGAAAAUGUGGUCCAGUUGGAUAAUACUGCUACCAAUGACUUGUCUGUGGGAGAAAUAAAAGAAGGACCAAUUGACAAUAUGGACAGCAGCGACGAGACUAUUUCCAAGGAAGAGAAAACCAAUGAUCAAAUAAAACAAUCAAGAGCAUCAAAAGUUCCUGUUAAGCAAAAGAAUGGAAAUACCCCAAAUCCUAAAGGCAUUCAUGCUAGUGGGCCAAGAAAAAGCAAAGAUGGAAAAGAUGAAGAGGCACUAUCUGCUGUUUCAAAUGGUAACCUAGCCUCAAAAACUCACUCAAGACAACCGAUUAAAAGUAAACCAUUCAAUGAAAAACAGACUCAAGUGUCCAAGCAUUCUGGAAAGUCUGAUGCAGCAUCUUCCAAAGCACCCUUGGAGAAGAAAACGCCAAAACUAUUGAAUAAAGAACCCCUUGAUGAAGUUAAAGGAGAAGCAGAAUCCUCGACUACCAUUGCAGAAGAUACCAAACCCCGUAGGGUGGGAACACUUCCUAAUUAUGGAUUUAGUUUCAGGUGCGGUGAACGAGCUGAGAGAAGAAAAGAGUUCUACUCUAAACUUGAGGAAAAAAUUCAAGCAAAGGAAUUGGAGGAAAGUAACUUGCAAGCAAAGACCAAGGAGACUCAAGAAGCUGAGAUUAAGAUGCUUAGGAAGAGUCUAACAUUUAAAGCAACCCCAAUGCCAAGUUUUUACCAGGAGCCUCCUCCUCCAAAGGUGGAAUUAAAGAAGAUACCAACUACGAGAGCAAAAUCUCCCAAGCUUGGUCGAAAGAAGAAUUCAGUCAAUUCAGAGUCAGAAGGAAGCACUGGCAGCAGUGGUCGACAAGGCCGUUUAAGUCUAGAUGAGAGCCACAGUAAAGAUACGCCAGUCCAACAAAAGAAGCCACAGAGGAAAUCUCUUCCGCCUCGACUGCAUGCUGAAAGGACCAGUUCUUCCACCUCAAAAACUGCAAGCACUUCAUCCAAGGCAAUGCAUCACGGCAAGACCUCCUCAUCCAGUGUAAAAAACAAAGAUAGCACCUCAUCCAGUGUCAGCAUGGAAGAGAUAACUGAAAUUGCUGCCGGAAAUGAAGAGAACAGUACCUUUUCCAGUGAGAUAGGCGAAGCUCCAUCCUACAUCGAAGAGCCAUCUGCAAUCCUCUCAGGCAAGCCCGGUGAAGCAGAGUCCCAUGUGAACACUGACAUAGUGGUUGAAGAGCAGCCUCAGCUAUCCUUGGUGCUAGAACCCAUUGUGGCAGAACAUUAAGACAGGAACAAAACCGCAUAUCCACUGUCACAGCUCCUGUUUCAGCUCAUUAAUAUUAGAAACGCAUGGGUAAAGAUUAUUUGACAUAAAGGGUUGAUGAUUUGCUUCAUAAUUAUGUCAUCUUGUUCAUAGCAGCGUUGCUUCUUUGAAUUCCUAUGCUCAGGGCUGCGGUUUUGUUCUUAUGGUUCUCUGGCUUGCUUGCAACAAUGUAUGUAACUUCUUCCCAGCUCACUCGUUUGUCAUUCUAGCAUGCACCAGUUGCCUGGUUAGCUAAAAGAUUUGGGGGGAUUUUUUUGAUGAGUUCUGAAUCACAUUUUGGUAAAUUGACAUUGUCAAAUGAAACAAGCUGUUUGUGUUGUGGAAUCCCAUUUGCCAGGUCAUGUUUCGGUUUCCGUUGUAA